GAUGAGUAGUGAGUACUGACCCUGGUGCCUGAUGCCUGGUCUGGGAGAUUUGCCAGCAAAAUUAUCCUGUUUACUGAGUGCUCCAACAAACUGGAUAUGCCAAUAGAUUUAAGUGACCACUAGCAGUUGAUCUUAGCAGUUUGUGCUCAACAUUUUGUAACCAUCAGCUCUAAACUUCUUGCUGUGAUACUCUACAAGUCCAAGAUGGAUAGCAAGGCAACUACAGUGAUGGUGGUAGUGGUCGCUGCUUUGUCUGUGGUCGUGGUGCUGGCUGCAGAUGACGGCUGUCCGCCGAAGAUGUGCGAAACUGUGAAGAUGAAGUGUAUGUCGGCCGACUCGUGCAACGGCACUCUCUUCACGGGUGGCCCCAACUGCGGCUGUUGUCCACAAUGCAUCCCCUUCCGAGGUGAAGGUGCUUCUUGUGAUAUCGAGGAGAUUCCUGUAGCUGCAGCCAGCACCGCACCAGAAAAUAUCAAGCCAGCAGUCAAGGUUGACCUCAAGGAAAAUCUGAAAGAAAAGAAGGCACCCAACGUUUGUGGUACGGGACUCACCUGCCUGCAAGGAACUUGUGUAGCUUUAUUCUAAUCAAAUCAAAUAAAAUAAUACACAAAAACAAUGAAUAAUAAUUUUUUAAAACAAAAUCACUAAAAAUCAUCACCAAUCUAGAGGCACAGACACGUUAACUACAAUGUGUCAAAAUUAUUAAAAUCUAUUUUUAUUUCAAUCAUUUCUUAUCAUAUUUGGUUUCGAAAUUUCAUAGUUUUGAUUCUUUCAAUCGAUUGUCAUUAACUAAAUUCAUUUUAAAAGUAUUCUUGAAUUUGAAAUCUGUGAUUUUCUAUCAUUUAAAUUGUGAAUUUGACUCUAACUCAAAAUGUGAAAGUGACAUAUGAGUAACCUAGAUUAGAAUUAGAACCGAUUUGGGCUUCAGCAUAUUUGAUUAAUAUCAAUCACUUUUGAACAAUUAUUUACGACAUAGCAGUUAGGCAUUUAUAAAUAAAAGCUAUUAGCUUCUACUCACAUUAGUGGAGUGCUUUCGGACACUAGGCCCUUCAUCAACACUCGUGUUGAUGAAGUAUUGAUGAAGGGCCUAGUGUCCGAAAGCGCUUCACUAAUGUGAGUAGAAGCUAAUAGCUUUUAUUUAUAAAUACCUGACUGCUAUGUCGUGAUCAAUUGUUCAAAAGUGAUCAUUUAACUAUAAUGGAAUCAAACAUUGAAGAUUAAUAUCAAUGUUGAAAAUAUUCAUUGUGUGCGUGAAUUAUUGCCAAAAGCGAGCUGUAUUUCAAUAAUUGCCCUGUUAUCGGAUGGGCACGGUUAUGUCAGUCCCGGCUGGAGUAUGACAGUCGUAAGACCCAUUGACAGCUUAAAUGUUAUGUAGCUGAGGUGAACGUAGUAUUUUCGAGCUCAAAAUUUAAGUGGUGUUAUUCUUUAUUUUGUAAAUUUAAAGUUUGUUUCAUGUUUUUACAAAAGUUUUACUAUCAAUCUAUUCAAAUUUUAAAUUGUUUGUUUUAUUCUAAUCUAUAUCCUCAGAUUGUGAUUUGGUGUGGGAAAUUGAAAUGGAUAUAACCUAUGUAUAAUACUUGGACAAUUUGAAAACUAAAUUAGGAAAUUGAAGAAGUUUAGGGCAAUAGCCUGUUUUUUUCUUUUCCAAUCUUUGUAUUGUUUGUGCUAACCUAAUAAAUAAAUAAAUGAUAUAUUCAGGCGAGGUGGAUCAACCGUCUGGAACUCCCCACCAAUAAAAGCCAUACGAAUAUUAUUAAAAUUAUUUCAAUAAUUUUAUUUUUUUAUUUAUUCGUCAGAAUCAAACAACUUCUAGGAAAGUACCACAACAAAUAAACUAAAUGUAAAUGAUAUGCUAGCCCAAUAGUACUCUGUUAUUCAAGUGAACAAUAUAAUAAAGAGAUAAUAAAUAAAUUAAUGAAUAACUCACAG